CAAAUUAGUGUUGCACCGGGUGUAACCAACGAGCUAACGUUAGGCUAGUUAGGUGUAGCUAGCUAGCUGUAGGUUCUUGUCAGCGUACGCAGCUAUAUGUUUGACACUUACAUGCAUUGAGGGUCGCUAAAGAAACUCGUUGGUGUCAUUUGGAUGUACAGCCGCUCUGCUUUUAUCUUCUACGUCGCUGCUUCAUUUGUUUUUUUUAUUAUCUCUUCCGUGUUGGUCAGAUAGCUCAGUUAGCCUCGUUAGCUCACUAGGCACAGCAGCGUAUGGGUGUCAAAGUUAGCAGUGACUCCCCCGGUUGUCUGGUCGCUUGAUCUUACAUUUCGGACACGUCAAGGUUCCCCAAAUCGGUCUCCCGUUUUUGGAGGCUGUGAUGUCGGAGCCCAAAACCCCAACGCCCACUCCUGCUGGUGACACAUACAAAGGAUGGGUGUUCAAGUGGACAAACUACAUCAAGGGUUAUCAGCGGAGGUGGUUUGUCCUGAGCAAUGGGCUGUUGUCAUACUACAGGACUCAGGCAGAGAUGGGCCACACGUGUCGAGGCACGAUCAACCUGGCCACAGCGACUAUCACCGUGGAUGACGCCUGCAACUUCGUUAUCUCCAACGGUGGGGCACAAACGUACCACCUGAAGGCCAGCUGUGAGGUGGAACGUCAGCGCUGGAUCACUGCCCUGGAACUGGCCAAAGCCAAGGCGGCUCGCAUGCAGGCCGAGUCAGACGACUCAGGGGACGACUUUCCUCCAUCGUCCGCGCCAGCAGCACCGGGACAAGGCAGCGCAUCACAGAACUCAGAGGUCCAGUCUGCUCUGAGAACACUUGGAAGCAAAGUGGAGGAUCUCAGCACGUGCAAUGACCUGAUCUCAAAGCACGGCUCUGCCCUCCAGAGGUCUUUAUCAGAAUUGGACAGUUUGCGUCUGACGGGAGAGGCUGGGGAUAAGAUUCGUCAGGUGACGGAGAGGGCCACACUGUUCCGUAUUACCUCUAACGCCAUGAUUAACGCGUGUCGUGACUUCCUCGCACUGGCUCAGGCUCACAGCAAGCGGUGGCAGAAAGCCCUUCAGGCAGAAAGGGAUCAGCGGGUUCGGCUGGAGGAGACUUUAGAGCAGCUGGCCAAGCAGCACAACAACCUGGAGCGAGCGUUCAGAGGGGCUUCACAGGCGAACUCUACUGCAGACAAUAAAAGUGCUGCGGGUCCAGGAAAAGGUGAAGCCAGCGAUGAAGAUGACGACAAUGAAUUCUUUGAUGCCAUGGAGGAGGCACCUGAGUUCAUCACCGUACCUGCAGACCCACAGUUCCACAAAAGGUCAAGCAGUAACAUCAGCGGCUUCAACAGUGAAAUGUGUCCUGAUGAUCAGUCGCUCAACGAGGAACCCCUAGCGAUGAACCAGGAAUCCCCGUCUCAGGACUUAGUACCCUUAAAGAAGAGGCGGACGCGCAUCUCCGACAAACCCAACUACUCUCUCAACCUUUGGAGCAUCAUGAAGAACUGCAUCGGCAAAGAGCUGUCCAAGAUUCCCAUGCCUGUGAACUUCAACGAGCCCAUAUCCAUGCUGCAGCGGCUGUCGGAGGACCUCGAGUACCACGAGCUGCUCGACAAGGCCGCCAAGUGCCAGAGUUCCCUCGAGCAAAUGUGCUACGUGGCCGCCUUCUCCGUGUCCUCCUACUCCACCACCGUCCACCGCACCGGCAAGCCCUUCAACCCUCUGCUGGGAGAGACGUACGAGCUGGACCGCCGGAGAGAGAGUGGCUAUCGCUCCCUCUGCGAGCAGGUGAGUCAUCACCCUCCUGCAGCAGCGCAUCAUGUGAUCUCUGAUCGGGGCUGGACUCUGAGGCAGGAAAUCACUGUCGCCAGCAAGUUUAGGGGCAAAUACCUCUCCAUCAUGCCCUUAGGCACAAUUCACGCAAUCUUCGAGAAAGGCAACAAUCACUACACAUGGAAGAAAGUCACCACCACGGUGCACAACAUCAUCGUCGGAAAACUGUGGAUCGACCAGUCAGGGGAGAUCGACGUGGUGAACCACACCACUGGAGACCGCUGCCACUUGAAGUUUGCUCCUUACAGCUACUUCUCCAGAGACGUGGCCAGGAAGGUGACCGGCGUUGUAAUGGAUAAGGAUGGCAAAGCCCACUACGUGCUGUCGGGCACAUGGGAUGAGAAGAUGGAGUUUUCUCGGGUGAUGCAGAGCAGCCGCGGAGGGGAGAACGGCACAGAGGGCAAACAGAAGACAGUCUAUCAAACCCUCAAAGCCAGAGAGGUGUGGAGGAGGAACCCUCUUCCCGACGGAGCGGAGACCAUGUAUUACUUCACUGCUCUGGCGCUGACCCUGAACGAGCUUGAGGAGGGCAUGGCGCCCACCGACAGCCGGCGCCGGCCCGAUCAACGCCUAAUGGAGGAGGGCCGCUGGGACGAGGCCAACUCGGAGAAGCAGCGGCUAGAGGAGAAGCAGCGCAGCGUCAGGAGGGAGAGAGAGAGGGAGGCCGCCAGCCAACGCACCUCCAGCCAAUCAGAAGAAGGCGCACCUCAUGAAAACUACCAGGCACUUUGGUUUGAGCGCUGUGAGGACCGCAUCACAGGUGAGCCAGUCCAUAUCUAUAAGGGAGGCUACUGGGAAGCCAAGGACCGGGGCAGCUGGGAAGGCUGUCCUGAUAUAUUUUGACCUUAGCAUCGACUGCAAGGUUCCCUGAAGAGACUGAUCCAUCAAAGCCGCCUGGUGGACGGCUUCCACCACACACGCUCCCUCCAGUGGCUCUCUGUUCUAAGAGAUCUCCAGGACGGUCUCUGCUGUCUGCAACCGGAGGUGGGGCCUCCUUAAUCCUGUUCUGGUUCUUGUCUCCUUAAUGCUGUCACAUAUCUGAGAUGAAGUUCUGCUGCUUUGACCCGGGUCAGGCAACAAGGUGAAAUGGGAAGUGCUUCCAAAAUCUACAGUAGCUGCUCAGUGAAAGUCUUGUUCAUUCUCUCAGAGUAAGAGCAGAAGAGGUUUUUACGCUGAUAACACCAUGUGAGAUAAUGUAGUGUUCUUAUUGUCAUCCACAGCUUUGUGUGCUUUGGUUAUAACUCUAAAAACGGGGUAAGAUCUUGGUAAUAUAUACAUUUCUAUAUAAAUAUGUUUAGAAUAAUUUCAUUUAACUGUCGACUGGUGGCCUUCAAGACCUUAGCGAGGAUUUCUUGUUUUUCUCUCUGAUUUAGUGUCUUAAUGUAAUGAAGUGAAGGUUCUACUGUGCUCGUGUGUAUGAUGCAUAUCUGCUCUUCCAUCACUUUACUACUCUGCCUUUGUGCAGUAUACUGUGUUAAAAAAGAAAAAGAAGAAACAAACGAUUGUGGAAAAUAAUGGUUAAACCUCCAUGCUGUUAUUUUUUUGUAGUUAAGAGUCCCCCCCCCCCCCACCCACACCCAUUCUCUACGCCUUAGAAAUGAGCAAGCUGCUCAUGCUUGUAUUAAGAUCACAUCUGAGUGGAUUUGACGCCGACGUUAAUUGCUGUUUUUGUUGUACAAAAAAAAUGAAACUUUGAGGAAAUAGUUAAAAAAAAAAAAAAACAAGGUGCAAAAUGCCCCCAAAAAGCUUGUUCCUUAAUUAUGGCACAUUUAUCAGUUAACGAAUCAAUCCCUUUUCACAGGAUCGGAAUAAUGUUUGGUCUUUUCACAGAGGAUAACGGAGUGUCAUGGCAGUAAAAUGGUUUUCAACAGUGUCAUGUUUAAUAGUGUUGAGGGUAACACAUUCAUAUGAGCAAAGAAACAAGUGUUAAUACAUUAUGCAAGUACAUUUUGACACCAAAUACAUGGGAUAUAAUGUGUGUGUGUGUGUGCGUGUGUGCGCCCGUGUGUGUGUGUGUGCGCUUGUUUGUGAUAUUCAUAAUUUUGUUUGUAAGUGUACUUAAAAAUGAAGAAUAAAGAAACAAAGAAGCAUCGCAAAUAACUAUGAUUUUAUAAAUGUAUAGAAAUUCAUAUUAUAGUAUUGAUGACUGUAAGGUAGGAUUUUUUUUUGUUUUUGUUUUUGGGGUUCCUCUCGCACUAAUGGAAGAGGACUUUCUUCAUUUUGAGAAAAAAGGGAGUUUCCAAACUUAACCCAGAUGGGAGACAUGACAUUGUUCAGUAUUUUGUAUUAACAAAGAAAAAUAAUCUGUAAUAAACAAAUGCUGUGAUGUCAAACAAAAAAA